AUGCAGCUUCAAGCGCGCAUCCAGCAACUCGAGCAGGUGCUAUGGCUUCAUUCCAUUGAUAUUGACUCGUCUAUCGCUCAGCUCAAGGCUGGGCAUCUUCCACCGAUCUCCUCCUACUCCCAACAACAGUCGAGAAAAGAGGAGCCCGAUGGAGCACUGUGCGCAAAUGGGCCUUACGGUUUGAACGACAAGGACGGCGGUGAAGAGGAGGUGCGCUUUUUCGGCUCCAGCAGUGGGCGGGGGGAAUUACUGCAAUCAACUCCUUGCUCUUUACCACGCACCUCACUUCGCUCGGGCAUGAACCGGUUCCUUCAGGACCCUGAUUUAGUCCCCCCUAUCGCCGAGGAGCUACAAGAACAUCUCAUUGCACUCUAUUUCCAGUGGGAGCAACCGUGGCUUCAGCUUGUGGAUGAGCAACUUUUUCGACAGAGCUUGCACCAGGAGGGGCGAUACUGUAGUCCAUUACUGCUUCAUUGUAUACUUGCUAUGGGCGCUCGCUACUCGGAAAGACUGGAGGUGCGCUCCACGCCGGACGACCCGAACACUGCAGGCGAAAGUCUCUUGGAAGUUGCCGAAGUACUGCUUCAUUUUGAUCUCCGGUCCCCAAGUAUCACUACCAUCCAGUCUCUUGGUAUCAUGGCCAUAUUUUACGUUGCAAUUGGGUCUGACUCUAAGGGCUGGCUUCGCCAUGGGAUGGCCAUCCGCUUGGCGCUGGAUAUGGGACUGAAUCUAGAUUCUGCGACUCUGGAAAGGACUCAUCGAUUUCCCGAGGUGGAGAUCAAGCUCCGCAGGCAGAUAUAUUGGGCUCUUUACUGUACCGAUAAGCUUUGGGCAAGCUACACCGGGCGUGUCUGCACCAUGUUGGACUCCCAAUCCUCGGUGGAAUUGCCCCUGUCAGAAGCUGCGUCGGACAAUUCCGCGCCCACGCAGAUGCUUUCAAUGCUUCUCCAUUCCCUGUCCACCCACUGCCAGAUCCUUGGAAAGAUACUUAUGAAACUCUACGCUCCGGGAAAAUUGCCGCCUGGUAUUCAGAGAACCACAUUCUUUGACUCCUGUCUGCUCGAGCUCAAAAGCUGGAAAUAUCACCUACCCGUGGCGCUACAAUGGAAACGGGCAAGUAGUAGGGGCAGUAGUAGUCCGAUCAUGCCGCACAUCCUCAUUCUACAUAUGGUUUAUAACACUUCAAUCAUCAUCCUUGCCAAGCCGUUCUUGUCCAAGUCGUCGUCGCCGUUCCGCACAGCCGCCGCGGCCUCCGAAAACCGGACGAUGCCCGGCAUCCCAGUUGCAACGGCGGCCGCUGCAGACAUAACGAGGAAAGCGUCGUCCCUGUGCGUGGAGGCAUCCCGAGACAUCUGUCUGCUGAGUGAGCAUUACCGAAAGAUCUUUGGAGGGUUCCGGCAGAGUCCCAUCACAGCUAUGCACUGUACGUUAUCUGCGGCGCUCUUCCUGAUUUUAGAUGACCAUCAUCAUUAUCACGAGGAACCCAGGAUUGAACCCGACAUAAGAAGCAAGUGGAUCAGAUCAUGCUUAUCGACCUUGCGUGAACUCGGGGUUUCAUGGACGACAGCCACAAAAUACUGGCACGGGCUGCGUUGUCUCCUCAAGGAUCGUGAUCAUCAAGGAAUGUUGCCCACAAGAGGCUUAGGACACAUAGAAGCGAUCCCUUCACCGCGUGAUAGCCUGACUGCGAUCGAUUGCGACGACACCGUAGGAGAGCCUGAGUUCCAUACUCCAAUCAAUAUCACUGCAGAAGCGGCGGCCAACGGAUCGUCCCAAUGGGACCAAUGCGCGGGGCAACAGCAGCCAACCUGUCUGGAUAUGGACGCGACAGUGCAUACCAAUCUGACAUUCGAGGAACUUUUGUCGGACUUACCCCAUGAUUUUGGCUUUUUGGCAGCAAUGGGUUCGUCUACACCCCCGGACUUGUGGGGAUUCUAUUAG